CGCGGGCGGGAGCCAGCGCACCCAGACCCUGCGCUGCCCUCGGACGGCCGGGCGCGAAGCCCCAGCAGCAGAGGCCGACGCACCCGGCCCCGAGCGCCUCGACGCCCAGCCACUCGCGCCUUCCCCGCCAGGCCCGGCGGCCGGGAGCGGGGCGAGCGAGCAGGAGCCGCCGGCAUCCCGCGGCCCGGGCACCCCCGGACCGGCACCCCCCGCCGCCACCGCCUCAAGGCCGCCCGCUGUCCGCAGGUGGCUGCGGACCCGAGCGGCGCGGCCAUGGGCCGAGGGGUGCGCGUGCUGCUGCUGCUGGGCCUGCUGCACUGCGCGGGGGGCGGCGAGGCCAAGAAGACCUGGCGGCGCCAGGGUCAGCAGCCGCCCCCACCGCCGCCCCUGCCGCCGCCUCCCCGGCGGACCGAGGCGGCGCCGGCGGCUGGACAGCCAGUGGAGAGCUUCCCGCUGGACUUCACGGCCGUGGAGGGCAACAUGGACAGCUUCAUGGCACAGGUCAAGAGUCUGGCGCAGUCCCUGUACCCCUGCUCCGCGCCGCAGCUCAACGAGGACCUGCGCCUGCACCUCCUGCUCAACACCUCGGUGACCUGCAACGAUGGAAGCCCCGCCGGCUACUACCUGAAGGAGUCCAAGGGCAGCAGGCGGUGGCUGCUCUUCCUGGAAGGCGGCUGGUACUGCUUCAACCGCGAGAACUGCGACUCCAGAUACGACACCAUGCGGCGCCUCAUGAGCUCCCGGGACUGGCCGCGCACUCGCAGAGGCACAGGGAUCCUGUCCUCACAGCCGGAGGAGAACCCCCACUGGUGGAACGCAAACAUGGUCUUCAUCCCCUACUGCUCCAGUGAUGUUUGGAGCGGGGCAUCAUCUAAGUCCGAGAAGAACGAGUAUGCAUUCAUGGGCACCCUCAUCAUCCAGGAGGUGGUGCGAGAGCUCCUGGGCAGAGGGCUGAGCGGGGCCAAGGUGCUGCUGCUGGCCGGGAGCAGCGCGGGGGGCACCGGGGUGCUGCUGAAUGUGGACCGCGUGGCUGAGCAGCUGGAGGAGCUGGGCUACCCGGCCAUCCAGGUGCGAGGCCUGGCCGACUCGGGCUGGUUCCUGGACAGCGAGCAGUACCGCCACACGGACUGCGUGGACACCAUCACGUGUGCGCCCACGGAGGCCAUCCGUCGCGGCAUCAGGUACUGGAACGGGGUGGUCCCAGAGCGCUGCCGCCGCCAGUUCCAGGAGGGCGAGGAGUGGAACUGCUUCUUCGGCUACAAGAUCUACCCGACUCUGCGCUGCCCCGUGUUCGUGGUGCAGUGGCUGUUUGACGAGGCCCAGCUGACUGUGGGCAACGUACACCUCUCAGGGCAGCCGGUGCAGGAGGGCCAGCGGCUGUACAUCGAGAAUCUCGGCCGCGAGGUGCGCCACACACUCAAGGACGUGCCGGCCAGCUUUGCCCCUGCCUGCCUCUCCCAUGAGAUCAUCAUCCGGAGCCACUGGACGGAUGUCCAGGUGAAGGGGAUCUCACUGCCCCGAGCACUGCACUGCUGGGAUAGGAGCCUCCAUGACAGCCACAAAGCCAGCAAGACCCCCCUAAAGGGCUGCCCCGUCCACCUGGUGGACAGCUGUCCCUGGCCCCACUGCAACCCCUCGUGUCCCACUGUCCGAGACCAGUUCACGGGGCAAGAGAUGAACGUGGCCCAGUUCCUCAUGCACAUGGGCUUCGACGUGCAGACGGUGGCCCAGCAGCAGGGACUGGAGCCCAGCGAGCUGCUGGGGAUGCUGAGCAGCGGAAGCUAGGCGGACUGUCUGGAGGAGCCAGCACCAAAGGGCAAGGCCACCCGCUACCCAGUGCCACCUCACCCCCCACCAGCAGGCCCUCCCGUCUCUUCAGGACAGGGCCCCAGCCGUCCCCCUGCCUGGGUCUGCCCACCGGACUCCCGGCCCUGGCUUUGCCUGCCUGCCUCCCACGACCUGUAAGAGGCCCAGCCGGAGAGGGGAUGUGCUGUCAUCCCCAGCUGUGGCCGGAAGGCCCUUCCCCAUGAGGGGAGCCAGAAGAAAAGCGCUGGAUUCCUCAGCCCACCAGCUCAGACAGCCCCCACCCGGCCCCACCCAUCAAGCCCUUUUAUAUUAUUUUAUAAAAUGACUUUUUAUUACUUUAAUUUUUUUAAAAAAAGGAACAAUCAAGAAAUAUAUGAUGAAUGAUCUUGUUUUGUAACAUUUUUUUAAAUGAUGAAAAAAAAAGACAAGAACCUCA